AUGAAGUUAAUCCUGUUCGCUUUGGGUGGUAUUUUGUACGCGUCGUUACAACAACCGAUAAAUGCAUCGGAUGCUAGCAUGUUAGCAGAUGAGGAGGAAAAGUUGGGCGACAGGGGACCUUUGCUGGUGGAUAACUAUAUUCCCGUAACGAUGCAGAUAUUGCACCACUGUAUCGAGAUGAUACAGUACGAACCAACGAUGGUUGCCGAAGUAGAGAAAAAUCCCACAACCACCACUCGACGACCUGCCACAACAACUGCCUCAACUUCGCCUGCUAGUGUGGCAACUUCUACCAUGAAGUCUCCGGAAGAUAGCCCAUUGUCUACGGCCAAGCCCGCAGAUACAACCCUGUACCCCACUAGCCCCCAUAAACCGGGCUAUUACGGGCCGGAGAAACCUCCACCAACAGUUGUGGCCACGGCGCAGCAAACAUCCACAACCAGCACUACGACAACCGAGACGCCCAAAGUGAACGAAAGUCCUUCCGCCGCUAGUUUGCUGUGGAGUGACAAACCAUUUGCGGAAUGGUUCUUGCAAAACAAGCGCAAAAAGAUGCAGCAGAGCUCCUUGCUGAACGUACAAUUUCUGGAUCCUUUACCGCUGAAGGUGCUGCAGGAGUUCAACCGGGAACCGUAUGAACCGCUUGCACUGCGGCCGGAAGAUAACGCUAACGAGUUCCGCCGUCUGUAUGAUGAUAGUUAUCGUGGGCCCAUCGCUGUGCUCGUGCUGGAGAAGGGCACUAAGAAGGGUGGCAAAAAGCGUGUACCGCCAACGAAACCGUAUCUGCAUAUGCUCGUGCUGUACGAUCUCUUGAAGCGCGAGGCAAAGAAAAAUAUGUACAGCAUCUACGAGGGAUAUUCGGAGGCUAUUCUAAGCGAAUUGGAACAGAUGAACUUCCCGACCGCAAAAGAUCAGCUACACUACGCUCUAACACAACUGUUGGAACGAAAGGAUAUCGAAAAGUCGGACGUCGUUUCACGUGCGAAACAGAUGAUUACUGACUUAAACACACGCAAUAGCGCAAUAACGAUGGUGCUGGAAGUUGUGCCACCGCUGCAGUUUGGAUUGUGA